AUGUUACCACUUUCAUUAUUAAGAACAGGUCAAGGUCACCAAAUUAUGGUGGAACUUAAGAAUGGCGAAACAUAUAAUGGACUUUUAGUAAAUUGCGAUAAUUGGAUGAACAUAAAUUUAAAAAAUGUUAUUAGAACCUCAAAAGACUCUGAUAAAUUUUGGAAAAUUCAAUCAUGUUAUAUUAGAGGAAAUACAAUUAAAUACAUAUCGGUUCCUGAUGAAAUUAUAGAUUUAGUAGCAGAAGAAGAACAAACUUUAAGAACUACAUAUCAACAAAGAAAUGAUAGUAAUAGAGGUAGAGGUAGAGGUGAUGGUUUCGCUGGUAGAGGUAGAGGUGAUGCAUCUGGUAGAGGUAGAGGUGAUAAUAGUUAUAGAGGUGGUAGAGGUGGUGGUAAUAAUAAUAGUGGUGGUGGCGACUCAUCACCAGCAGGUAGAGGUAGAGGUGAAUAUAGAGGAAGUUCAAGAGGUGGUAGAGGAGAUUUUAGAGGUAGUUCAAGAGGUGGUAGAGGUGGUAAUAAUAAUUCAACCGCUUAA